GUAGUGCCUCUGUCAGCUCACUAGUGGCAUUUUGUAAAGGAUAACGAGUAGUCACUUAGCUUACCCCAAAGCAAAUAUUUGUGUUUAAAAAACAGCAAGAAAUUGCCCGUUGCCACUGGCGAGAGCCUCAGGAGCUUUUAAGCCUCUCCUUCCUUCUCAAAUAAAUGAAAAUUUAAAAUGUCACAGGUCCCCCAUCUCUUGAAACUGCCUGCUUGGCUUUCCUUCUUCCUUUGAUAGGUUCCCCCGUCCCAUCUCCACUCAAGGCAAUUUUUUUAGUGGCUGCUGGGAAGCAGAUCUGUGUUUCCUCCUUUGCCUAAGUAAUUUCUCUAUGUCCUACAGUUGUAAAAGUUGCAAAACUCAGAGAUACCURGCUUUCUGUUAUUUCUGUGCUGUUUGUAAAGACUUCUGGAAGGAUAAUCAAGAAGCAAAUCACACUAGGGAGAAGCACCACAUCAAGUAAAAUAGCUUUUUAAGUGUUUUCAGACUGGAACCACAACAAACAUGUCACAUAUGUCAUUGUGUGUAACAGCGGUUAAGCUGCMGAAGGUUCAGCUACCAUCUUCAAGCAGUGAGGUCUGAGGUUUUUGACUCCUUUGGGGCUGAUUCCCCUGUAAUCUCUCUGCAAACUCCUGUGCUGUGAAGGGAGUGUGACUGCGUUGUUAUGUAGCAAAUUUGUGCCUGGGGUUUCCAUGCAGUGUGCUCAUGACCUCAUUUAUUUCAUUGUUAGUGGGAUGUCAGUAGCCUAGCAUUCAGUUUUUUAGUUGGCCAUUUAUUUGUAUGGACAAAUUUAAUCAUGUGGUUACACGAAGACAGGAUCAUUGUGUAAUGACUGCCAGUAAUUUGAUGCGAGGCAGCACAAUACUGCAUCAGCCAGUGGUUAGUUCUUCCCAGCAGGUUUCACCAAACAGAUUUUGUAAUAAUUUCCUGCAUCAACAGUUGUAGCAUCUUGGGUUGUGAAGCCUUUUGUCUUGUGUUACCUCUGCCACCUCUUGAUUUCAGAUUUUGAAGGAGCCUUGCAGCUCUGGGACAAAAGGAAGAUGAUAUUACUUUAUGGUUUUAGCUCUUUGACCUGUGAGUGUAACGUGAGGCUACAGUGAAUCUCAGCUCUAAAUGAGAGAAUGUGAUAAUGGUUGGCAGCUAAGGCAGCGGGUCCUGCGAGGAAGGGACUGGUGGAUGUGGGGGAAACGUUUGGCUGCAGCUCUGGAAUGCUCUGGUGGCUACCAUGCCUUGAUUUACAUGUCCAGGAUAAAGGAAAGUGGCAAAUGACUAAGAAAUCAUUUUCCUCUCUGUUAAUACUUCCCAGGAAUGGCUGGACUAAAUGCUGUGGAGACUAUUAAACUGUUGUUAUUUUUAWUAUGAUCUAUCAGAGAAGACAAUAGUGCCCCUCCUGGCUGAAAAGUGCAGUAGGUUUGGGGUUGGAAUACAGUGUGUCAUUUGAACUGUCCCACGUUUUCUGGCCUUGUCUGAUUGGACCUAAUUAGCGUGGACAUCUGAACAGUUUUGCAUCAAAUUGCCACAUCAUCUAGAAUUGGUGAAUGAAGAAUGGGAGAGAACUGAGGAUUUUCUACACUCAGGGGAAGAUGAACAGAACUGAAUUUUAGGACCUAACUCCUGAUGGGCUGGAUUUUAUCUCGGCAGGAGUUCUUGAAGAUUGAUGCAGCGAGAGAAAAAACAGCCAAUGGCUUCAGAAUCCCUGGUCCCSGAGCAGUCAAAACAACAUCUGAUAAAGGGGAAAAGGCGGCAGCAGCAGCAGCAGCAGCAAAGUCGGCCUUCCAACAGUGAUGGGGAUGAUGAUGUCUUCUUGUUUGAGGCAAAUGAGGCUUGGAAGGAUUUUCACAGCUCUCUUCUUCACUUCUUUGAAGCUGGAGAGCUCUGUGAUGUUACGCUAAAGGUUGGUUCAAAGCUGAUCUCCUGCCACAAACUGGUGCUAGCUUGUGUUAUUCCUUAUUUUCGAGCCAUGUUUCUUUCGGAAAUGGCAGAAGCCAAGCAGAAGCUGAUCGAGAUCAGGGACUUUGACGGCGAUGCCAUCGAGGACCUGGUGAAGUUUGCGUACUCCUCACGGCUCACCCUSACAGUGGAUAAUGUUCAGCCUCUCCUGUACGCUGCCUGCAUCCUGCAGGUGGAAUUGGUGGCAAAGGCCUGCUGUGAAUACAUGAAGCUGCACUUCCACCCCUCCAACUGCCUGGCAGUCAGGGCAUUUGCUGAGACCCACAACCGCAUCGACCUGAUGGACAUGGCUGAUCAGUUUGCUUGUGAACAUUUUUCAGAAGUGAUGGAGUGCGAGGACUUUGUGAGUGUGUCACCACAGCACCUCCAUAAACUCCUGUCCUCCAGUGACCUCAAUAUUGAAAAUGAAAAGCAGGUUUACAAUGCUGCUAUCAAGUGGCUGCUGGCCAAUCCACAGCAUCACGCUGUGUGGCUGGAUGAGAUCCUUGCACAGGUACGGCUGCCUCUCUUGCCCAUUUGUUUCCUUAUGGGUGUUGUGGCAAAGGAAGAGAUUGUCAAGCAGAAUCUAAAAUGUAGGGAUUUGCUGGAUGAAGCAAGGAACUACCACCUUCACCUGAGCAGCAGGGCAGUGCCUGACUUUGAGUACUCCAUUCGCACAACACCAAGGAAGCAGACUGCUGGUGUACUGUUCUGUGUCGGUGGCAGAGGUGGAUCAGGUGACCCCUUUCGCAGCAUCGAGUGUUACUCUAUCAGUAAGAACAACUGGUUCUUCGGCCCUGAAAUGAACAGCAGGAGGAGGCACGUGGGUGUGAUCUCCGUGGGAGGUAAAGUCUACGCAGUAGGUGGACAUGAUGGAAAUGAACACUUAGGAAGCAUGGAAGUAUUUGAUCCUCUCACAAACAAGUGGAUGAUGAAGGCAUCAAUGAACACAAAGAGGAGAGGCAUCGCCCUGGCAUCCCUGGGUGGUCCCAUUUAUGCCAUCGGAGGGUUGGAUGACAACACCUGCUUUAGUGACGUGGAGCGCUACGACAUCGACUCGGAUCRCUGGAGCACCGUGGCCUCCAUGAACACUCCCCGGGGAGGUGUCGGCUCCGUGGCCCUGGUGAACCAUGUUUAUGCUGUGGGUGGCAAUGAUGGUGUAGCAUCUCUUUCCAGUGUGGAGAAAUAUGAUCCCCACUUGGAUAAGUGGAUAGAAGUGAAAGAGAUGGGUCAACGMAGGGCUGGGAAUGGUGUCAGUGAGCUCCACGGCUGCCUGUAUGUUGUGGGUGGCUUUGAUGACAACUCACCCUUGAGCUCGGUGGAACGGUUCGACCCACGCUGUAACAAAUGGGAAUAUGUGGCAGAGUUGACAACUCCGAGGGGUGGUGUUGGCAUAGCRACACUGAUGGGAAAAAUUUUUGCAGUUGGAGGUCAUAAUGGCAAUGUGUACCUGAAUACAGUGGAAGCAUUUGACCCCAUWGCGAAUAGGUGGGAACUUGUGGGCUCGGUGUCACACUGCAGGGCAGGCGCGGGCGUGGCCGUGUGCUCCUGUCUCAGCAGCCAGAUCCGGGACGUGGGCCAAGGAUCCAGCAACGUUGUGGACUGCAUGUGAGCUCUGCCACCUCCUCCAAAUUCCAAAGGAAUGAUACUASGGAGGCACUGCGGAACUUUUAAACACUGUGUUUUGUAUGGUGGGUUAAGGAAUAAGUCAAAUACAUUUUCUUUGUGAAAAUGGUAUCUUCUGCAACUGUAAAGCUUUUGGUGGCUUUCUAUCAAUGGUGAUACAGAAAAGCCUGUGAAAACAUGGAAUAAAAGUGCGACUCACAGGAACAAACCUGCCAAGAGCUGCAGUCAUCCCAUUUUUGAGAAGCUGUAAUUCAGAAUCAUUUGAGGCAGCUGUUGCAGGGACUCAUUAUUGAACUGUAAAUCAGGCAUGUGGUGAGAGCAGCAGCAGCUACUGCUGCUGAGCUUCYCCCAACAGUCCUGCUAMUUGUUCUCUGGAGGGCUUGAGUGCCAUUUCAUAUAACUUGGUCUGGAAUGGAGUCUUAAACAUUUCCCGGUUGUACAAGAGCUUUGUAACAGAAGGUGUCUCAAGUUUCAGAAGGUAUUGACAUCCCUGAUGCACACAGAGAUAACUGAGGCAGAGAAGUUUACUGCUCACCUCCCAAGGGAAUGCUGGCAGCAGUGGAAAUUGCAGGGAUUCAGUCUGAAAGCUGUCUUUCAAAGUAGUUUCUUGAGCUAAUAAAAUGGUUAGCAAGCUGGAAAGAUUCUUGACCUGAGUUUAGCACGGCUAAAUACUGGGCUACUGGAAUUCUCUAGUCUUCGAUAAAAUUUGUAGUUACUGCCCUCCUUUCCAAAGGAGAGUUUCUAUUGAGAAGUCCUUCCUGAAGCAACCAGUGUCCUACUUUGAGAUGAUAGUGUGUGAAAAUACAGGCUUCAGUGGUGUUUGAAUAAUUAUUUUUAUAUUAAAUGGAAAUGCGUAAUAAAAUUUGCGGUAUUGUAUAAAYUCUCCAAGUGGAACUCUAGAAGACAUGACUGAUUUCAGUAUCCAGUAGCGACUCWGGUAACCUUCUGAAGRUAUUGGCUCUUUUAAGAUAGCAGAUAGAUAACCUCAAAACCUUAAAUGAACCAAAGAGAGUCAACAAGAAAAAUAAUUGGGAAUAAACCAGUACUUCCAUCAGACGUUGAAAUAGCRACUUCUCAGUACUGAGCACAAGUCUUGUUAUACCAUUACGAAUCCUGAGUAAAGUCCAGCUGGAAAGACUGCAGAUUCCUGUUCCUCCAUCACCUUGA